AGAACUGAGACUCCCUUCAGUAGAACAUCAUUUUUGGUCUUCUCUCUCUUUUUAAUAUGUGCAAUGGCUGGAGAUAUAGUCUAUGCUGAUAUUAAAAUUGAUGGGAAUUUUUCUUUAGAAAAUUCAUCCUCACUUCAGAAAUCUGAUCCUCACCAUCAUGGAAUUUUCCUGAAAGUUGGAUGUGCAAUGAUCAUCAUCCUCUUUGUAACAGUAAUUGUGCUGAGCAUUUUGGUUACCCAGUUCAAAUCUGCAAGACAUAAUACAGUGGAAAAUGAAUCAAAAGAGAAAUUCUGUACUGGGGAAAAUAAAUCUAGAACAAUCACCUCAACAGUUUCUUUCAACUUUUCCACUGUUCAUAAAUCAUGCCCCUCUAAAAACUGGACGCUACAUGGGGGAAAAUGUUACUGGAUUGCUGAAGAUAAGAAAUCUUGGGAUGAAAGCAAAAAUGACUGUGCCAUGAAAAAUUCACAUCUCAUGGUGAUUCAAGACCUCAUUGAUAUGAGUUUCCUGUGGCAGUACCUAAAUACUUCAGUGUUUUACUGGAUUGGCUUAACUAUUCCACCUGGAGGGCAAUCAUGGACCUGGGUAGACAACAACCCUUUUGACUCCCAUCUGUUUUCAAUUGAAGAAAAACGGAUAACCCGGAGCAUGAAAUGUGCCCAGGUGUCUCGUAGUAAGGUAGCCAGACAAAACUGUGAGCAAAAUGAUCAGUGGAUUUGUCAACUCUAAUUCACGCUGCAGAAAAUCGGUCUCCAUUUUUCUGACUGAGAGAUGCCACAUGAAGUUUGAUGUCAGACUAUAUCAAAGUCCAGAGGGCUGUGUGUGUGUGUGUGUGUGUGUGGGCACACGCACAUUUCCUAGUGCUUAUUUGACAUAUCAAAUCUAAAAUCUCAAAGGCAUUUCAAACUCAGCGUGUGAAAAUAAUUCAUUAACUUUCCUCACAAAAGGAACAACCCUCUAGUACUUGGCCUCUCAGUCAAUAGCAUGCCACACAAGAAAUUACAGAACCUAUAAACCAGCUGUCUCACCACCACCCUCUCUCUGGCCCACACUUCCAGGCUGUUCUCCACUCUGCCUCUCACAAAACCAAGUCUUGUCACCUUUUUUACUAAAUAUCUCUCAAAUCUGACCUCUUCUCUUCAUCGCAUUAAAAUGUUAAAUAACUGCCGUAACAGGGUCUUCCUGUUCUAUUCCUAACCCAUUUCAAUUAUUCUCUGACAUGUAACCUAGGUGAUAUUUAAAAACUAUGUAUACUAAAAAUACAGCCCUUCUUCUGAAAAACACUUUAACAUCUUUCUUAAAAUAACACCAAACCCUGUAACACAGCUUAGAAAUCCCUUGUCAGGUCUAAUCCUUGCUUACUUAGUCAGUGUCUGUCUACACAAAACUUACCCCAACUCCCAGCACCACAACCACAUUAGACUAAACUUCAAGAACUCAUACAAAAUUUUACCACACUGCAUUACAGACAUUUUCCCUAUACCUGGAAUUCUCUUUUCUCUCUUCUCCAUCAAGUGAACCCUCAAACAUUCUCUCUAUAUAAGCUGAGUUUUUAAGGACCCUUCCUUGAGCUCCAUGACAAGGUCAUAUAUCCCAACAUUAGAGUCCCCUCCCCAGCACUUAUCACAGUUUUGGUCUUACAUAUGUCAGUCUUUGAGUGAAUGUUUGAUUAAUGUUCUCCACCCUCACCUGACUGUAAAUUACAUAAAGUUUCAAUAUCUAUCUUUGUAUUUCUAGUGCCUUUUAAAGUGUCUAGCACAUAAUAAAUACCCGAAAGAUUAUUUACUAUAUUAAGUUUUCUCUAAGUGAUCACAGAAGUAAAAUACUGAUGAGUGGCUGGGAGAUAGGCUACAAAAGAAACAGACUCAGACAAUGGAGGCUCAAUUGGUAGGUCAUUGAGUGCCAGGGGAAAACUGAAGAAUUGUUCUGUGUGGGUGACUGAUAUUGGAAAGAGAAUCCUAUAAAUGCCAAGGGAGUUUAUAGGAAGUGUUAAAUGCUUCAGAGACAAACUUUUUUUGUGAUGUUUAUGCUCACCUCUUUAUGGUGAUCAUAUCCUUACAAGUUUUCUUGCACAUCAUAUCAUAAUACGACAAACCAACUUGUGUAUGUUGAGUUGGACAGUUAUAUAAACUGAUGGGUAAAGCAUUUGUCUUAUGGCAUGUUGGCACUACAGUCCAGCAAAAAAAAAGUUUCAUUUUAUGAGCCCGGUAGUGUUUAUAAAACUAUAAGAAUAUCUAUUAGCCUGAUUUUCAGAAUAACUACUUGAAAACACAGACUAUCUCGAGGGACAAUAAUCAACAAGGAGUUGCUGUAUACAGGGGAUAGACACAAAAAUACCUAACACUGGGUGGCUCA